AUGAAGAAGUGGAAGUGGCAAGUGAGGAAGAAGAUCAACGCUGACUGGCGCGUGAAGAUGGGACACGUGGCGGAUUGUAUUGAGUGGCUAACGCGGGAAUAG